CACUUGACACAACCGAAAAACAGCGCGUCAAAGAGCAGCUGCGCAGAGAGGCAGCAGAGGAGAGAGCCUGCGCCCCGCACAUUGCGCUCCAGCCAACCAGAGCCGGGGUCGUUUGCAUGCAACCCGCAGACAGGCUGUAGGAUCAUACAGACGAAGCGGAUUUGAAUUAAGCACCGGAUAACGGACAGCAACUCUGCAUCCUUCGGUGGAGGGAGGGAGGGAAGGAAGGAGGGAGGCUAACUGUUGUGUAUCUUCGAAGCCCUGGGUUAGGAGAGAGGGGGGAGGAGGAGGAGAAUGAGCUAUUCUUGUACCAGCAGAGGCAACAGCCAGGACCCAUCAAGCGCUAAGAAGACUGCCGGUAGUAAUCCGGGCAGAGACACUGACAGCGGCACAGACAGCACCAGCACCGGCAGCCCGAAGCAAACGGCGGCGAUGAAAGUGAAGAAAGGCUGCAACUCCACCGACGUGGGGGUCCCGGUGACCACGGAGGAGGACCUGCUGGCCAGCGCCGUGAUCACUCCGGAGGAUGUUCUGGGCUUGCAGAAGAUCACAGAGAAUUAUCUGUGCAGCCCAGAUGAGAACAUCUACAACAUCGACUUCACCAGGUUCAAGAUCAGAGACAUGGAGACCGGCACGGUGCUGUUUGAAAUCACCAAACCUCCGUCCACAGAUAAAGCAGGAGAGAAGAGGGAUAUUGACCCAAACGCCGGCCGGUUCGUCCGUUACCAGUUCACGCCGGCCUUUCUCCGACUGCGGCAAGUUGGAGCCACCGUUGAGUUCACGGUCGGAGACAUGCCGAUAGAAAACUUCAGGAUGAUCGAGAGACAUUAUUUCAGAGAGAAGUUGCUCAAGAGUUUUGACUUUGAGUUUGGCUUCUGCAUGCCCAGCAGCAAGAACACCUGUGAACACAUCUACGAAUUCCCACCUUUGUCUGAGGACACCAUCAGAGAGAUGAUCCUGCACCCGUACGAGACGCAGUCCGACAGCUUCUACUUUGUGGACAAUAAGCUGGUGAUGCACAACAAGGCAGACUACUCGUACAACGGCGGGACGUAGAGGGGACACGUCACUGCUCAAGAGACGGGUGGAUUCACGUGCUGACCCGAGGGACGAUCAGAGUCCAGCGGUCUCCCUCUCCCCUUCUUUCUCUCUUUUGUUAUAUAUUUUUCUCUUUGCCGAGGAAACGCCGUCCAGCAAACGCCCACACAGAUGCGUCCGUUACAGUCUGCGUGUGUGUCUGUUUGUGUGAGAUUGUCAGAAACGAGGCAACAUGCACACAAAGACACACACACACACGGAUGCGCCACAGUGUGGUUCAACCAAGUGUAACGUGACAAACCAGCAGGUGAGCAACGCUAGCGUAAAAUAUCAGUCUACGGUUUUCUCUCUGUAGCCACGUCAUGAAGUGAAACAAAAAAAAAAAGAUAAAAACUGAUAGAAAUUAUUUUUUUCAUUCCUCUACAUGUUAGCGAUCAGUAACACAUCUCGAUCUGGAAAUAAGAAAAAUGUGUGUUUUUAGGAUUUAAAUAUCAGUUUUUGGGGAAAUUGUUUCUCGGAUUCAGUGAGUGUGUGUGUGUCUGCUCUUGCUUUUCUGGUGUGUGUUUCUUGUCUUUUGUAUGAUUGUGUGUAAGUAUUUCAGUUCGACGCGCGGUCUUGUUAAAAUAUAUUAAUUUAAAUGUCGAUAACGUGAUCAUCUGGUUUGUAUGAAGUCAAAUAGAUUUCCAAAACCUGUUAGCAGAUUUUCUACACAGUAGACAGGAAGUAGGCAUUUAAUUUAUCAGACUCUUUUUCGUCCUUAUUCAUUAGUUUCUCAUUUAUUUCUCACAUCGUGUGACCGUCGUAGGGCGUAUAAGUGUUUAUUGUAUAAGGUAAAAGCACAAAACAUCUUUAAGGAGUCAACAAUGAGGAAACUUGUAAAGGUGAUCUGAUAUGUCCACACACGUACUUUGUCAUCUGUGCACCAACUGUACUUUUCCAGCCUCAUUGUUAAUGUGAUAAAGACGUCGUUAAAAACCUUGUAAAGGCGCAACGAGUGUGUCCAAGUUCGCAGGAGAAGAAGAGAAAAACAGGGAUUUGCAAAAGUUAUUUUCUAGUCAGAAUUAAAUUGCAGAAAAGAAGAAGUUUGGAGGGAGCGUAGCAGAAGAAAAAGUAAUUUUUUUUUUUGUAUUUGUAUGUGAUCAAUCAAAAGAGUCUUCUCAUUCUCUGUGUUAUUUAUUCUGCUUCUCAUAUGUUUCCGUCUCAUUGUUUUCUGACACAUUCCAGUGAUUUGGACCUGAGUGCGGUUGAUCUGUUGUUGUUCGGAGGAGUUUAUUAACCGAACUGUGACGCGAUGCCUCUUAACCGUAAUAUGCACAAUAUCUUUCGGCUCAAACGCAUCCUGACUCAUCCUUUGAAUUCUUUCACUGUCAUCACAUCUUCAUUUACUCUCUUACUUGAAGCACUUGAAAGUCAGUUAAGUUUGUGUGAUUGACGAUUUAAAUUCUUCUAAAUUUGUAUUUGUUAAUGCUAGUUGAGCCAGGUCAGUGGAAAAGAAAUUACUCAAAUGCAACGUGCGUCUGUUUCAGAUCAAAAAGUCAGGGCACAGGGGACCCAGAUUAAUCCGAGAUUAAACCGAUUGACUUGAAUGUUUCGAUAUGUAGAGCAGAUUUAUAUAAGACUGAUUGUCACUUGUACAGAUUAUUUUGGACCCGUGUAAAGUUUUUGACGAUUCAGAUGUUGGUGUGACUGAACAAAAGAAAAAUAAAUAAAGAUUUAUGGGACUUUUUUUGAAAUAU